CAACUCAACCGGCUCAUCUCGGAUAUCCAAACGAAAUAUGCGAGUCUCAGAAAACGUUCUCGUGAUGAUUUUGCGCCUGAGGAUCCUGACACAUUCGAGAUUCUCCAAGCUUCUGCACAAAAAGACGACUGCUCUCAUUUUAUCGGUAGGUAUUGUCGAGAUCAAGAGCCAGAGUCCAGCCAGGGUUCUUCUCCGUCGUGGUGAUCAUGCUAAGGAAAUGGCUAAGAUAUGCGCGGAACUCAUAUGAGCCAGCUUCCAAAACACUCUUCGUCCGUCUCGAUCGGUCCAAAGUCUUCUCCCACGGUUUACCCUCGCUCUCGCGCAUGAUGACCCAGGUUCACAUCUGGCACUGUAUGGCUGACAGCCUGACAUCGACGCCUGCCGACUCGUAUACGAAGCGCUGAGCGUCGUCGACGGCGAAUACGAAAUUUGGCGGCAAUUCGUCAGGUCGAACCCGGAACCGAAAUGGAAGUUCGUACAGCCCAACAUCUUCCUGGGAGACGAUGACACGGUCGAGCUGAGGGAAUAUCCGGCGAGCAACGAGGGUAUUAUCCAAUCGUUUUUUCGAGAGGGGAUUUUGACGAAGAAUUUAUCUAGCGGAGAAUUAGAAUAUGAGAAAUGGAACAUGAUUUAUGGCGCUGGGACUUGAAA